CCAGUGGCCAGCAGGGAAGCGAACUGCAAAGAGCUGAAGAUGAGCUGCUGGAUUCUCUUCCUUUCUCUCCUGGGUUUUCUCCCCCUUGUGAUACCCACCUGCCCCUCACCCUGCAGCUGCAGCACCAACAUCAUCAACUGCAUGUCGAAGGAGCUGACGGAAAGCAGCCUCCCUGCUUCCUUCAGCCCCUCCACUCAAAUGAUCUACCUCAACAACAACCAUCUCACCAGCAUCCCCAGCGGGCUCCUGGACAACCUGAAGAACCUCCAAGUGCUCCACCUGUGGGGGAAUCCCUGGGAAUGUGACUGCGACAUCCUCUACCUGCGCUCGUGGCUCCAGUGGCAGCAGAAUCGGACCCUGUAUCAGAACGUGCUGUGUGCCUCCCCAGAACACCUGCAGGGCAGGGUCAUUGCAUACUUGUCGGAGGAUGAGAUCAUCUCCACAUGCCAGUUCUGGUACUGCAGCAUCGCGCUCAUCUCCCAGGUCUGCCUCUUUCUCCUCAUCCUCCUCCAGGCCAUCCUGCUUCUCUUCAUUAUCUUGUUCCUGCAUAAACUCCGGAGGAGAGCCAAUGAAGCCAGGAAGGCCACCAAGGAGAAUUACCAGAAUGAUGAUACAUGGGUACCUCUUUCAGAGAAUACCCGUGGCAUUGAUUAAUGUCUCAUGAGCUUUAAAUCCUCAUGCUUCAGGGCAUAUGCUGAUCAGCAGGGCCAGGAAGGAAAUCCUACUUGUUGAGAUUGUAGUAUUGCAUAGCUGUUUGGUGCAUUAUGCUGAGAGCCAGCCUUUCUCUGAAGCAUCAGGAACAGACCACUGUCUAAAGGUGGAUGUUGGCUUGGCCUAUUGCUCUGUUGCAGUGCAGCUAAUCCUGGUAUGUUAAAACUCUGCACUCUUCCAAAGGGCUGGAAAGAGGAUUGUACAGCCUCCGUUGCUUUGCUGACGAGAAAGCUGUUACU